AUUGUGAGUAAACCUGUCUCACUUUUGGUACAAUCCCAAGUCUCAGAGAGCAUAUUUUACAGAAGGGUGGUGAAAUCAAGUGAAGAAGAAGAACACAAAGGUUUCAUCAACUAUGGUAAUGGUGACUAAUCGUUUCACUCUACUACUUGUUCUCGUCGUUAUCUCGAUCUCCUUCUCCUCCUCGUUUUCUCAGCAGGUACGCGCAACAAGUGAAACCAAUCUCAGGAUCCAAUCAUUCUCGUCGGAUCUUUCAACGCUGCAAACUCAAAUUGGCUACAAGUUUAACAACACCAACCUUCUACGCCGUGCUAUGACUCAUGCUUCUUUCUCUCAAGAGAACAACAAAGCCUUGAGUAUCUUUGGAACCCAUAUCAUUGAAACUUCUGUCUCUCUUCACUAUCUCACUGAAGAUAUCGAUGCCUCCUCGAAAGCUCUGAACCGUUUGAUAGCACAGGUUUCAAAUGUGGAGUCCUCAUGUGCUCUUGACGGAGGCCGGUUGGGUUUGGGGAAGAUAAUCAGGGUUUCCCCGAAGACAGAUGCAUCGAACCCGGCUAUUCUUUGUGGUGGCUUUAGGGCAAUCGUUGGAGCUAUUGCUAUUGAUGAUGCUGGAACGGUUGAUAAGGCCAUCAAUGUUUUCUGGAAAGUACAUGGAGAUCGAGCUGGAAGACUAGUGUCUAUCUUGUAAAUUAGUGCUUUUAAAAAAAAGUCUGGUUUGUUUGGGAUGGCAAGUUCUAAGAGACUCCUCUCUAAUCGCUUGGUUGAUGUUAAUUAGUAGGUGAUGAUGUUACUUAAGGGAUUAACUUAAACCGAUAUGGAUGUGGUUUUAGUUUGGUAGCUAUUUUUUCUUUCA